AUGGCAAUGGCGUUUGAUGAGAAGGACCUUUCUACGGCCAUUCUUGAGUCGAAGACGAAGAAUACGCUGAUAGUUUGCGACAAGGGCUGUGAGAGCCUUAGGACGUACCAGGUGGGGCUGAAUCCAGCAACACUUAAUGAGCUGGAGCUUUUUGAGUCUGACUAUGUCAGGAUGCUGGGGAAGAAGAAGGCGGAGCUAAUAUUCAGCACGGUUGCGCUUGAGUGUGUGCCGCCAAGGCAUAUUGCAGUGAUGCGUGACGGUAGAUUCAAUCUGCGAGUGAGGAUAACGGACACGGUGAAGCUGUACAGGGUUGAUAAGAACAUACCGGUGGUGAGCAAGCUGAACUUUCUUCCGAUCCGGGACACGGCAGAGACUAUUGGAGGAAACAUAUUUGAUGAGUUUGUGAAGCCGUUUCUUGACUUUAACUUUAUGCCUCUUACAAUAGGAUCGAUAUAUGGGAUCAGCUCUGGGAUAGGAAGGGUGGAGUUCAAGGUGACGAAGAUGGUUGAUGCGCAGGACAUGGACAUUAAGCACGGAUCUGUGACGUCGAUGACAUCUGUGUACUGCGACGAGAUGAUAUCGAGGGAGGAUGUUGAGAAGGAGUUCAACAUGGUUGGGUACGACGAUGUGGGGGGGUGCAGGACACAGAUGGCGAAGAUAAGGGAGCUGGUUGAGCUUCCGCUGAGGCAUUCCCAGCUGUACUCGAGGAUAGGAGUGAAGCCUCCGAAAGGAAUACUGCUGUAUGGACCGCCAGGAACAGGAAAGACGCUGAUAGCAAGGGCAAUUGCGAACGAGACAGGUGCGUUUCUGUUCCUGAUCAAUGGGCCAGAGAUUAUGUCGAAGAUGGCGGGGGAGAGUGAAUCGAACCUGAGGAAGGCAUUUGAGGAGGCAGAGAAGAACUCGCCGUCGAUUAUUUUUAUUGAUGAGAUUGAUGCGCUUGCACCGAAGAGAGAUAAGUCGCAAGGAGAGGUUGAGAAGAGGGUUGUGAGCCAGCUGCUGACGCUGAUGGACGGGAUGAAGUCGCGCAGCAAUGUGAUUGUACUUGGAGCAACAAACAGGCCAAACUCGAUUGAUCCGGCACUGAGAAGAUACGGAAGGUUUGACAGGGAGAUUGAGAUUGGGGUGCCUGACGAGACAGGAAGGCUGGAGAUACUGAGGAUCCAUACGAAGAACAUGAAGAUGGACGAGUCUGUUGACCUUGUGGCAAUCAACAAGGAGCUGCAUGGGUUUAGUGGAAGCGAUCUUGCUUCGUUAUGCAGUGAGGCCGCGCUGCAGCAGAUAAGAGAAAAGCUACCUCAGAUUGAUCUUGAUAGCGAAAAGAUUGAUGCGUCGAUUCUUGCAUCGCUGAAGGUGACCAAUGAUAAUUUCAAGUAUGCAAUUGAGCAUACGGACCCGAGCUCGUUGCGAGAGACUGUUAUACAAUCUCCAAAUGUUAAAUGGACAGAUAUUGGAGGACUUGAGAUGGUGAAGCGAGAGCUGAGAGAGACUGUGCAGUAUCCUGUUGAGUAUCCCGAGAAGUUUAUCAAGUUUGGGAUGACGCCAGCAAAAGGAGUCUUGUUCUAUGGGCCGCCUGGGUGUGGAAAGACGCUUCUUGCGAAGGCUGUUGCAACUGAAUGCAAGGCGAACUUUAUUUCGAUCAAAGGGCCUGAACUUCUUUCGAUGUGGGUUGGGGAAUCUGAGUCGAACAUCCGGGAUCUUUUUGCAAGGGCAAGAGGGGCGGCGCCGUGUGUGCUGUUUUUUGACGAAAUAGACUCUAUUGCGAAGGCAAGGACGGGGAAUGAUGGAAGCAGCGGAGUUACUGACAGGAUGCUGAACCAGCUGCUGUCUGAGAUGGAUGGGAUCAACCAGAAGAAGAAUGUAUUUGUGAUAGGCGCAACGAACAGGCCUGAUCAAUUGGACAGUGCAUUGACGAGGCCAGGAAGGCUUGACCAGCUAGUGUAUAUUCCGCUGCCUGAUCUUGAUAGCAGGCUGUCUAUUCUGAAGGCCACGCUGAGGAAGACACCGCUGUCACAGGAGAUUGAUUUAAAACAGCUUGCAGAGGCCACGGAUAAGUUUUCUGGAGCGGAUCUUUCGGAGAUUUGCCAAAGAGCAUGUAAGCUGGCAAUCAGGGAGACGAUUGAGUAUGAGCUUGAGCAGAAAAGGAAAGGGUCUGAGAUGAUGGAAGUUGAAGAUCCGGUUCCGUACCUCAGGCCUGACCAUCUUGUGCAGGCAAUGAAGACGGCAAGGCGUAGUGUGUCUGAGAAGGAGAUUGAAAGAUAUGAGGCGUUUGCAAGAUCUAUGAAGGUUGACAUAAGGAAAUUUGAGAAGAAGAGGGAUCUGAAUGAUGACGGGCUUUAUGAAUAA